CGAAAAUCAGGAUCGGUUUGUAGGGAGCGAGUGACAAGGUAGCAUCUGUCAGAAGACGCUUUGUUUUUUUUUUUACUAUAUAUAUAUCUGUGGUAACAGGCAUCGUUGAGUUUUCAUUUGUAGAUUUUAAAUACAUAAAGGCAACUAUGAGACCGUGCAUCUUGCCAAGAAAAUCCUGUAUUGAACAUGGAGUCGUUGUAUAUAGCGACAGGACAAGAUAAAUCUUACUGCCGAAAAAGGGCUGAUUUUUCUGCACUGGGCACCCACCAGAGGUGGAGAAAGGAAGAGCCGAGAAGAACAGGCUGGUCAGUUGGGGCUCCGAGCAGAUCGGCGAACUGAGACACCAUUUGGAAGAAAAUUUUAAUGCAGUAUUUCUGGCACUUAGUAUGAUAAUCAUGGAAAUCCUCAGCUGCCACAACUGCAUUUCAUUUUUGGCCCCUUUUCAGCCCCGGCUCUCAAGUUCAGUCCUUAUCUUGAUUAAGCAAGUGAUUGCCUCACAACUUCUGUGUUUUGGUGUCGAUCCAGAAGUGAUAAAACUGAGCGUGUUCAUUUCUUAUUGAUAUUUGGAAAUAAUGUAACUUUUUUUUUUUUUUUUUUAAAACCAUGUUUUUAAAAAUUCCAAUCAUCAUCAGUCUUUACUUUGUUUUUUGUACAUGUGCCACUUUAACCUAUUGUGUGAAUGCUGUAUUAUUGUGGGAAUGAUCCUAGAAUAGAAUACAUUGUAGGCCCCACUCACACAUUGACAUGCUCAAGCACAAGGCCAAAUCUGAAUUUCCAGUUCACCUGUCCCGCACAUCUGGGGUACAAAGAGGAAAACCCACACAGACAGUUAAGGGAUAUCCUUUGGGCCGUAGUGACGGCUUGGUGGUGAAGUGGUAGUGCUGCUGAUUCACAACGAACCCUGGGGUUAAUGUUCUGGGUUGUCACUGUGCAGAGUUUGCAUGUUCUCCCUAUGUCCAGUUUACUCCCACAGUCCAAAGAGAUGCAGGUUAGAUGAAUUAAUGAUGCUGAAUCAACCAUAGUGUAUGUGUGACUUUGUCAUGUCUGCCUUGCACCCUGUGCUAGCUGGGAUAGGCUCCAUCUUCCCCAUGAUCCUGCUCAUGAUAAAACUGCUUUGGAGAAUGAAUGAUAUGAGCCAUUGUACCUUCUCUACUAUUGAGAAAUGAUUUGAAAUAUUGUUAAUAGUUAAAAAAUAACUUCCACAGUAAGGAAAAAAUUGCAGAAAUGGCAGUCUGUCGUGUUAAGGAUAUGACUAUGUAAUUAUUUACAUAAAACUUGAUUCACACUUUAAUAACCAAAGCUCAAGUUUAAAGGAGUUAUUGUCUCUUUUUUCCCCACCCCAGUGCAGGAACGCUGAUUGAACUUGACUUUAUAUAAAAAAAAAAAAAAGAAAACAUUGAUUAUUCUGGAGAUGGUGGAGAUUAUUCUUAACAGAAUUUAUAUCCAAUCCGAGUAAAAAAAGUGCAAAAUGGACAAAUUCUUGCCGGUAGAAGGUUACCUGGAACAACAAUCUGUAAAUUCAAUGCAAAAAGUCAACAGUCUGAGGUCACUCAGUAUCAAAGCGGAGCCUGUUUCUGAGGGAUCUGAACACAUAAAAGAAGAGCUUCAUCUGAAGUGUGCACAAAUUAAACAAGAGCUCUGCGAGGUUGAAAUUGACUCUGAUAAACUUUGGAAUCCAGGGGAGCGUUUCCCUUCUCCUGCACCUGUGAAGAGUGAGCAGUCCGAAGAACUCUUUCCAAAGUGUCAGAUAGUUCACAAAGGGGAAGAGAGUGUUUGCCCCAAGGGAACAACAACUUUUCAACUGACUGAUAAUAAUUUUCAAUCUUUUCUUUGGUGCACUGAAUGCGGGAAGGGCUUCAGUCGGCUAAGUAACUUGAGAGCCCACCGGAGAAUUCACACUGGGGAGAAGCCGUAUGGCUGUAGUGAAUGUGGGAAGAAGUUCAGUACGUCCAGUGGCUUAAAAAUCCAUCACAGACUCCACACUGGGGAGAGGCCUUUCAGCUGCACUGAAUGUGGUAAGAACUUCAUCGCGUCCACCGACUUAAAAUCGCACCAGAGAAUACACACUGGAGAAAAACCCUACAGCUGUGCCGAAUGUGGGAAGAACUUUGGUGCCUCCUCUCACCUAAAAUCACACCAGAGGACUCACACAGGGGUGAAGCCUUACGGUUGUACCGAAUGUGGGAAAAGCUUCUCUCGGUUAAACAUACUUAAGAAACACCAGAUCAGUCAUGCCGGAGACCAUUUAUACACAUGCGGCGAGUGUGGGAAAAGCUGUAUUACAUCAGCAGAAUUAGAAUCACACCGGAGGAUUCACACAGGAGAGAAGCCAUACAUCUGUGGAGAAUGUGGGAAAAGCUUUCACACCAUGUUGAACUUAAAGAAGCACCAGAGAAUUCACACCGGCGAGAAGCCAUACAGCUGCGCCGACUGCGGCAAGAGAUUUUGGGUCCCGCGAGAUUUAAGAACACACCAGAGAAUUCACACCGGAGAGAAACCAUACAGCUGCGUGGAAUGCGGGAAGACCUUUAGAUUGUACAUUUGCUUGAAAAGACACCAGCAGAUUCACACCGGGGAGAAGCCGUUUAGCUGUGCCGACUGUGGGAAGAGUUGUAUUACGUCUGGCGAGCUGAAAUCCCACCAGAGAAUUCACACAGGAGAGAAGCCUUACAGCUGUGGUGAAUGUGGGCGAAAUUUCAGUCAGCUAGGAAAUCUUCGGUCACACCAGAGAAUUCACACCGGAGAGCGGCCGUACAUUUGUCCCGAGUGUGGGAAAAGCUUCAAUCAUUUAUUUAGCCUCAAAGGCCACCAGAUGAUUCACGCCAGAAAUAAACAGUGCACUAGUGGAAAGACAAGUCAGCUGGGAAACACUAUAUAGUGUACCAUAUGAAAAUAAAAAGCAUGGAGUUAUAUUAUAGUUGGACAAAUUUCAUAGGUUUGGUGGCAACAUCAUUACACUUGGUGGGGGUGAUUUCUCACCAAUCUAAUAAGGGGGCAUUGCAGGCAUUAUGAAGAAUUUUCUGUGCUACCCAUGAGUUCCCACCAAUCUAAUUGUAGGGUUUAUAAAGAAUUAUUUGUGAAAUCCAUCUAAGAUGGGUUAAAACCUAAGUAAUCGACAUAGACCUCGGUGUAUUCAGCGUUAACAUUUGCAGUGCAGGUACUAAGGAAAUGCAAUGCAUUCCAACAGAUGGCACAUCACAAACAUUAGCACUGCUUUUACAGACCCCAUACCAAAGGGUAUAUAAGAGAGAGAAAGCAAACAGAUACAUAAACAGACAGACACCUGACAUGCGCACAGACACUUCUCCUAUUAUUAAGGUGGAUGAACGGUACACGCUGGCGCCCUGCCCUGGGUUUGUUUCCUGCGUUGCAUCCUGUGUUGGCUGGGAUUGGAUCCAGCAGACCCCCCGUGACCCUGUAGUUAGGAUAUAGCGGGUUGGAUAAUGGAUGGAUGAAUGGUACAAACCUCAUGGACUGUCUGAUUUAUCUUACCAAGUGCAUGUACUUAGCUUACUCACUGACAUUUUCUAAUCGGUAACUGAGAAAUUAAAUACUACUGAAAUCAAUCCUAAAAAUAAGUCUGUCGCACAUGAUUUUGUGCUAACCAAUAUAGACCAGGAUGAUUUCAUUAACACAAACUCUUCUCUAACCACAUGUGUUUCAGAUCUGGUUUGUCAGAAAAUCACUUUGUCAGGUUUAUGACAUUUAAAUUUGGAGAAGUAACAUUUAAUGGACAAGUGAAAUGAAUUUAAAUUACAAAUGUUACAAACCCCUGAUGCUUUCAUUUUCCAAAUCUCUUCCACCUUUUUUUGUUUACACUUGUCCCAACUUGAUUACCUUUGAGAAAUCAGACUUGUCCAUUUAAGAUGAUUAUUAUUUCAGUAUUCUGCAAAGCAGUAUUUUCCAAUUUUCAUAUACAGUAGGUUAUUUGUUUUGCUUACACUUGUAUGAUAAUCUAGAAUUAGCCACUGAACUGGACAGACCUUAAACACGGUAAUCUGCAUCAUGUUUGGUCCCGUACUUUUCAAAUACGUGUCCUUUGUGCUUCUCCUACAUACAUUGCGUUUUACUGUUUAUACCAAACAUGGUUUCAAAAUUCUAGUGAAUAACACACAUUACAACUUUGCUGAUUUGUUUCCGUCAGUGAAGUACCCUGCUUUAGCAGCACCACUAACGAAUCCUUAUUUCCGUGCUUCUGUUAACAUAUUUCAUGUCAUAGCAAUAGAAUAAUUUCCAUCAUGUUUCAAAGUGUUCUAAGCUGAGCAGCUUUAAUAUCUGUGAAAUGUGAAACUAUUGCAACACACAUAAUUAAGUUUACUUUGGAAUAAAAGUAUGGAGUCACUGAUUAAGUUAACCUUGUAGACUUGCUACAGGAACAGAGUGAGACGCUCGUUUGUAACUUAAAUCGAUUUUUACUUCCUGCAACUGUAGUUGCACUGCCAGUGUUGAGUUUCCUAUGGCUGUUGCAAUUUUCCUCCCACAUUUGAACACUCUAGACGCGGACAGGCCAUUCAGCCCAACAAAGCUCGCCAGUCCUAUCCAC